GACGGUCAGUCAGACAGCAGUGGGCAGCCUACAGCAGAACCCUCUCUCUACCUCCCUCUCUCUCCACAGCAAGAGACAGCCUGAUAUGUCUGGAUAAACUGAGCGUCGCCAUGGCGAAAGACAAGGUCAAGAAGGCGGCCGCGGAGCCUAAGGGUCGCAAGGUGACCUUGAAGAUGGCUCGUAAGGCCGUCAAGGUCACGGCCGCGGGGCGGCGGCGUCUGGACCUCAGCAACAUGGGCAUCGCCACCUUCCCAAAAUGCAUUGCGUCGGCGCUGUGCGACGUGGACGAGCUGGACCUGAGCCGCAACGCGCUCCGCAAGCUGCCCGACGCCAUUGCCAACUUCACCGGCCUCACCUGGCUGGAUCUCCAUAGCAACCAGCUGGACGCGUUGCCCCCGGCGAUCGGGAAGCUCACACAGCUGCACUCCCUCGACCUCAGCAACAACCACCUCACCGCCGCAGGCCUGCCGCCGGAGCUGGGCCUGUUGUCAGGGUUACGUAAACUCAACCUGGGCCUCAACUUUCUGUCCUAUGCGCCUCACUUCCUGUGCGCUCUCCGAGAGCUGCGAGAGCUAGGACUCUUCAACAACAAGCUUAAUAAGGAACCUGCCCACCUCCUCCACCUCCCCAAGAUGUUGAAGCUCAACUUGGCCGACAACCCUUUGCCCCUCCCCCCAGGUCCGGACCCGCCCCCUCCCCAUCCUGACCUCUUAUUGGUCAAUCAGAGUCACCUGUGCCUCACCUGUCGGGAGCGAUGCCACACCCACCAGGAGAAGAUCCACGAGCGCGCCAGCGCCCCCACACGCCAUCACACACUCUCACACACCAACACACACGCUGCACACAGCGGCCUGACGCGCCUACACACACCCUCACACACCAACACACACACACACACUGCAAAUACACAGCACAGCAAGACACAGAUCCUCACACCCAACUCUGUAGCCCAAGAGUAGUAGUGGAGGAGGAGAGGAGUGGAGAGGAGAGGAGGAGGAGGAGAGGAGGGGAGAGGAGAGAAGAGGAGAGAGGUGAGGAGAGGAGAGGAGAGGA